AUGCGCCUCCUGCAUGUCAAAGCUGACGGCGAGUUCAGCCUUACAGAGUUCUUCGGAGAAAUCCCACCAUAUGCUGUGCUAUCGCAUACAUGGGGUCCUGAUAGCGAGGAGGUGUCCUUUAAAGAUCUGAUGAAACGCAGAGGCAAAGACAAAUCCGGAUACAAAAAGCUCCGAUUUUGCGCUACGCAAGCUGCUCAUGAUGGGUUAGCAUAUUUUUGGGUAGAUACGUGCUGCAUUGAUAAGUCAAGUAGUGCAGAGCUCUCGGAAGCGAUCAACUCAAUGUUCUCAUGGUAUAAGAAGGCAGCUAAAUGUUACGUCUUUCUUGCGGAUGUUUCGCAGUCUACAUGGAGAUCAACCUUCGUCAAGAGCAAGUGGUUCACAAGAGGCUGGACUUUACAAGAACUACUCGCCCCUACCUCAGUCACCUUUUUCACUCAGCACGGGUAUUAUCUUGGCAACAAGUACACGCUUCUGGCAGACAUUCAAAAAACAACCAACAUACCCGCUCACGCUCUGCUAGAAAGCCAUCUAUCUAUGAACAAUUUCAGCGUUGAAGAACGUCUAUCCUGGGCAGCAGGGAGAGAGACCAAACGGGAAGAGGACGCGGCCUACUCGCUUCUCGGUCUGUUCGACCUGCAUAUGCCACUCAUAUAUGGGGAGGGCCGGGCAAAAGCAUUCAUCCGUCUACGGAAGGAAAUUCGAAGCACCUCGGAUAACAAAGAGGUAAACGACUUGCAUACUCCACUUUUUGAAAUGACCCGUCCAAAUCAUAUCGAGCCUUUCCAGACCACAAGAACACAUCUCACCAUAACUCGUGAUCCCCUUGCAGUCAUGAGUACGCGUCAUCAGAAAUGGUGGAGAGAGGCGAUCAGCGACGGCAAAUCCCCAGAAUUAAACCACGAGAGAGUCUCAGUCCUGCUGAUCAGAUGGGUUAACGAGUUUGACGAGCUUCAGACCUAUGAAGAGGUUGAAGAGCUCGAAUCUGUCUUUCACGAACACUUCCACUUCCGCACGAAUAUUGUCGAACUUAGCGCUCAAAAUGAGUUUGAAGCACGGGACCAGUUUGAUCUCCAUGUCGAUUCUUUUGUCCGCCUGCACGAUGGCUCAAGAAACCUACUCAUCAUUUACUAUGCCGGUAACGGUUGGUACAUUCCAGAUAUAAAACACAUGGUCUUGCGGCGAGCCCAGUCAAAUCUCCUUUCACCACAACUGCGCCAUAUCCAAGGCGAUAUCCUUGCGAUAUUGGACACGCCUUACACUAGUGUGGUAGGCGCAGAUCAAAGAAGAGAUGUAGAAGAAGACGUAGCAUAUAUAGAGAGUGAGGAGAGAUUGAAGCAAAGGAGGCGAUUCGAACUGAUGACAGUCGGCGAAGACUUGGGCGGUAUUGGAGGGAAGACAUUCACCCGAUCUCUCACCGACGCAUUGAGGAAGCACAGGACUGAAUCUUUCUCAACUCGGGAUCUGCACAAGUGGAUCUUGAAAGAUACGCAAAGAUCUGAAACACCUCUCAUGCUCUGGUCACUGCUUCCCAACAAGCAGAACAUCUGCCUUGCACCAGUACAGCCACCACAAAUGCAAAUGGUCUGCGACCAGAACUUGAGCUCCGGCUAUCUCAAAUUAGGCCUUGCCUUCGGUGAGGACUCUUUGAACCGCGAUCAGAUUAAACAUCUUGUGCACGCCUUGACGAGGACAAUAGAUCCGGAAAUCGUCCCACUCUGUAGAGUCGAUUUACUUGACUUCAAGAGAUAUACCUUGAUAUCACGAUUCCAACGCGUGGCAUCCGUCGUACGGGCUGUAUUACGUUGGAAGACAUAUGUGCGUGAAAGAAAGGAAUGGCGCCGGAUGGAAUGGCGCCGGACGGAAUGGCGCCGAUGGGGGUUGUGGGAUGAUUGA